GUUUGUUUACGCCCACUUGCUAAAUCUGUUCACAACUCACUCACUCACUCGCUCUUGCUGUUUAUCUGCCCACCUCGUCCCUGGAACCUCACGUUGGUUUCCUCAGCUACAACUCCAAUGGCCACUGUCUCCGCUACUUCUGUUAGCUUUGGAGCUUCUCUAAAGCCCUGCUUCAACAAUAACCGGACUGAUGGGACUUCAGCACUAAACAUGGUUAGAGUAGUUUGGACCAAGAAUGUUUACCCUUCUUUGAGGACCUCGAGGUUCAAUGUUUGCUGUUCGGCCAAGCCUGAGACAGUACAGAAAGUUUGUGAGAUAGUGAAGAAACAGCUAGCAUUGUCUGAUGAGACUGAACUCACCCCAGAGUCCAAGUUCGCUGCUCUUGGUGCUGAUUCUCUUGAUACGGUAGAAAUAGUAAUGGGUUUGGAGGAAGAAUUUGAUAUCAGCGUUGAGGAGGAAAGCUCUCAGAACAUAACAACAGUCCAAGAAGCAGCUGAUUUAAUAGAGAAGCUUGUUCAGAAGAAAGAAGGCUGAAGCUCAGAGAAAAAAGCUAGUUGGCUAGGGUGUUAACAGUUUUGUUACUUUUGAGGCAACAGCAUGUUAGGAAUUUGGUCUAUUUUGGUUUUUGUCUAAAUUGUUCAGAUGUUUAAUUUAAAUGGCUGUCCCCUCUUAUCAGUCUCAGAAUUAGAACUGAUAUUGUUUUGAAUUUAAUUGCAUUGUUUUUGAAUUUAACUGCAUUGUUUUUGAUGAA